GCGGCUGCCGCGGGACGGGCCGGCGCGGCCGCACUAAGAUGAGCCAUGAGCGGAGCGGCCCCGGUCCGCACCGGCCGCUCCGCCUGAGUCCCGGGCAGCAGAAGCCCGCUCCCCCGCUGCCCCUGGGGCCGUAGGGCCGCCCCGGCCCCGCGCCCUCCCCAACGAUGCCCCAUCUCUGGCCGGCUCUCCGCGGCGUGCUCUGGGAAUAUUGGGCAGCGCUACUGGUCGGAGGCUUCUGGGGCCAGUGCUCGCACGGGAUGCCGCAUGUCAUCCGGAUCGGAGGGAUCUUUGAGUACGCAGAUGGCCCCAACACGCAGGUUAUGAGUGCCGAGGAGCAGGCCUUCAGAUUUUCUGCCAACAUCAUUAACAGGAACAGAACUUUGCUGCCUAACACAACGCUGACCUACGACAUCCAGAGGAUACACUUCCACGACAGCUUCGAAGCAACUAAGAAAGCCUGUGACCAGCUCGCUCUAGGGGUGGUAGCAAUAUUUGGACCUUCCCAAGGUUCCUGUACCAACGCUGUCCAGUCCAUCUGCAAUGCCCUGGAAGUUCCUCACAUACAGCUUCGCUGGAAGCAUCACCCUUUGGAUAACAAGGACACUUUCUAUGUCAACCUGUACCCUGACUAUGCCUCCCUCAGCCACGCCAUUCUGGACCUCGUGCAGUACUUGAAGUGGAGGUCAGCCACUGUGGUUUAUGAUGACAGCACAGGCCUCAUCCGGCUGCAAGAGCUGAUCAUGGCCCCCUCGAGGUACAACAUCCGCCUGAAGAUCCGGCAGCUGCCGCUGGACACGGACGACGCGCGGCCGCUGCUGAAGGAGAUGAAGCGGGGCAGGGAGUUCCGCAUCAUCUUCGACUGCAGCCACCUGAUGGCAGCUCAGAUCCUCAAGCAGGCCAUGGCAAUGGGAAUGAUGACAGAAUACUACCACUUCAUCUUCACCACUCUGGAUCUUUAUGCAUUAGACCUAGAACCAUAUCGCUACUCUGGGGUGAACCUGACUGGCUUCCGGAUCCUCAACGUGGAGAACCCCCACGUGUCCUCCAUCAUCGAGAAGUGGUCCAUGGAGAGGCUGCAGGCGGCGCCCAAGGCGGAGCUGGGACUGCUGAACGGUGUGAUGAUGACAGACGCUGCCCUGCUGUACGACGCGGUGCACGUGGUGUCCGUCUGCUACCAGCGCGCCCCGCAGAUGACUGUGAACUCCCUGCAGUGCCACCGCCACAAGGCCUGGAGGUUCGGAGGCCGCUUCAUGAAUUUCAUCAAAGAGGCCCAAUGGGAAGGCUUAACGGGACGAAUUGUCUUCAAUAAAACCAGUGGGUUGCGGACAGACUUCGACCUGGACAUCAUCAGCCUCAAAGAAGAUGGCCUGGAGAAGGUUGGAGCCUGGAGCCCUUCAGAUGGUUUGAACAUCACAGAAAUCUCCAAAGGGAGAGGGCCCAACGUCACCGACUCGCUGAGCAACAGAUCCCUGAUUGUCACCACUGUCCUGGAAGAGCCCUUUGUGAUGUUCCGUAAGUCGGACACAGCCCUGUUUGGGAACGACCGCUUCGAGGGCUACUGCAUCGACCUGCUGAAGGAGCUGGCCAUCAUCUUGGGCUUCACCUACGAGAUCCGGCUGGUGGAGGAUGGGAAAUACGGGGCCCAGGAUGAGAAGGGGCAGUGGAAUGGCAUGAUCAAGGAGCUCAUUGACCACAAAGCUGACCUGGCCGUGGCUCCUCUCACCAUCACCCACGUCCGGGAGAAGGCCAUCGACUUCUCCAAGCCCUUCAUGACCCUGGGGGUCAGCAUCCUCUACCGGAAGCCCAACGGGACCAACCCCAGCGUGUUCUCCUUCCUCAACCCCCUGUCUCCUGACAUUUGGAUGUACAUCCUCCUGGCCUACCUGGGGGUCAGCUGUGUGCUGUUUGUCAUAGCCAGGUUCAGCCCCUACGAGUGGUACGAUGCCCACCCCUGCAACCCAGGCUCAGACAUCGUGGAGAACAACUUCACCCUGCUGAACAGCUUCUGGUUUGGGAUGGGAGCACUGAUGCAGCAAGGCUCUGAGCUGAUGCCCAAAGCGCUGUCCACACGGAUCAUUGGUGGCAUAUGGUGGUUCUUCACCCUCAUUAUCAUCUCGUCCUACACGGCCAACCUUGCUGCCUUCCUGACGGUGGAGAGGAUGGAGUCCCCCAUCGACUCGGCAGAUGACUUGGCAAAGCAGACCAAGAUAGAGUAUGGGGCAGUGAAGGAUGGAGCUACCAUGACCUUCUUCAAGAAAUCCAAAAUUUCCACCUUUGAGAAAAUGUGGGCUUUCAUGAGCAGCAAACCCACUGCCCUCGUCAAGAACAACGAGGAGGGAAUCCAGAGAACCCUCACAGCCGACUACGCUCUGCUGAUGGAGUCAACCACCAUCGAGUACAUCACCCAGAGGAACUGCAACCUGACCCAGAUCGGGGGCCUCAUCGACUCCAAAGGCUAUGGGAUUGGGACUCCCAUGGGCUCACCGUACAGAGACAAGAUCACCAUUGCCAUCCUGCAGCUCCAGGAGGAGGACAAGCUGCACGUAAUGAAGGAGAAGUGGUGGCGGGGGAAUGGCUGCCCUGAGGAUGAGAACAAGGAGGCCAGUGCUCUGGGCAUCCAGAACAUUGGUGGCAUUUUCAUCGUCCUGGCAGCAGGCCUGGUGCUCUCUGUCUUCGUGGCCAUGGUGGAGUUCAUCUACAAGCUGCGCAAAACGGCGGAGCGGGAGCAGCGCUCCUUCUGCAGCGCCAUGGCCGACGAGCUGCGGCUGUCGCUCAGCUGCCAGCGCCGGGUCAAGCACAAGCCGCAGCCUCCCGUGCUGGUGAAGACAGACGCCGUGAUCAACAUGCACACCUUCAACGACCGCCGCCUGCCAGGCAAGGACAACAUGACCUGCAACACCGGACUGACGCCUGUCUUCCCCUAGGGAACGGGAACACGGGGGUGGGAGGGAAGGAGCUGCAGCAGACGAGGCUGGAGGAGCUCUGAACUAGGGAAGAAAGGAAUAAAAAUAACGAGGGAGGGAAAAAAACCCAAACAAACAGAAAAACACAAACAAAACAAACCUGGUUUGGUUCAUUUCAAGAGCAAAGCCUUUGCCACUCAGCUGCAUCCAUCACCGGCAUGGAAGCCAGAACUUCAAAGCACGGACAAGCAACGUGGGGCUUGGGGCUGGUUUUGGGGGAUGAUUUUGUU